AUGGCGCGGAACGUGCUGUACCCUCUGUACCAGCUGGGCAACCCCCAGCUCCGGGUCUUCCGCACCAACUUCUUCAUCCAGCUGGUGCGGCCCGGCACGGCCCAGCCUGAGGACACUGUGCAGUUCCGGAUCCCCAUGGAGAUGACCAGAGUGGAUCUCAAGAACUACCUCGAGUGCAUCUACAACGUGCCGGUGGCUGCCGUGCGGACCCGGGUGCAGCAUGGUGGGUCCCGGAGGAGGGACCGCAGGAACGUCAGGACAGAGCAGCCCGAUUACAAGGUGGCCUACGUGCAGCUGGCGCACGGGCAGACCUUCACGUUCCCAGAUCUGUUUCCUGAGGGAAAGCAGCCCGGAGGCCGCCCCGAGGAUGAGGACCUCCGGGACCAGGCGCUGGAGGACCAGAGGCAGCGCCAGCGCCCCGACCCGCGGCGCGGGGGCGUCCCGGGCUGGUUCGGCCUGUGA